AUGGACAGAAAGUGUGGAAAAUAUGUAGUGAACGUUGAACACUCUGAAAACCCACCACCCAGGACAUGUCCAAAUGACCAGGAGGCUCACAAUUCUGCACGCUGGCGUCCACCUUCAAAUGACAUAGCCACUGAUGUCUGCUCCAACUUACCUGGGACCUGGGUGAGCCCAGGGCUCUGUGAACACUCAGGGUGCUCACAUCCAGAACUGUCCAGUAUGCAGAUUAAAGAAAGUUGUUGCAAUGACUGGUCUUUGUGGAAAGUCUUCCUGACCUGUCUCUUAGCCUGUGUUAUAACCACAGCUAUUGGAGUGCUCAUACUGAGCCUGGUGAAAAGUAAUGGGAAUAAUCCCUCCAUUGUAAUCCAGUUACCCAACAACAGUGGACAGACUACUGUCACAUCUGGAACAGCCUCUACUACUUCUCAAUCUACGACGACGACUGCUUCAACUGAACCUACCACCACUGUGACAGCCACAACUGUCACUUCAGCUGACUCCACGGCCUCCACUGCUUCCACUCAGUCCACAAGCACAGCAACCACGUCUGCCACCUCCAGUGACACAAGUGCCAUCACUACAUCAACAUCUGUAACUACUUCAGCUUCCACUCAGACCUCAACUACAGCACCCACAACUGUCACCUCAGCUGACUCCACGGCCUCCACUGCUUCCACUCAGUCCACAACCGCUUCUCCCACCUCAAGUGACACCACAAGUGCCACCACUACAUGA